AUGAAUUGGACUGGUGGCCACCUUCAAAGGCAUUUCACUAGAAUUGAUCCCUUGAAACAUCGGCAGCAGCAGCAUUUUGCCAGAGCCAAGGCGAAACUUCUCAGUGCAAAGAAGAGCGCACCAGUCAAAAUUCCCUGCCUUGAUCGAAUUCAUGGGCUCCACACAGGCAUCCCUACAGAGUCCAGGUUUCCAGCUUCUAGCCUUCAAGAAAGAAGUUGCAGCAGGGAAAAUGUUGUCGAUUCGCAAAGCAAUGGUCCUUUUCCGCCCAUUACACACACGAUUCUGCAGGGUGGUGCUAAACAUUCCAUCCGUCGUGAGCCUAUACAACAUCAUCCAUCUGUUCCAAUGAAGCCCGAGCGGGUGCCGAGCGCUGACCUCUACAACGCUACCCCCCCUCCCAUCCCCAAAAAGGUAAAACGAGAGCGGAAGCCAUCGAUACCAGAAUCAGGCGAAGGGAGCGAUACCGAACACGAAGAAUCGUUAUCAGACAAGAGGAGAAAGAUACUUCUGAAAGGGGAUUGGGUUAGUGUUGGGUUUCAAAGGCCGCCACAGCUUACCUUCACAAACCCCAAACAUGCAGAUGCGGUUGGUAAGAGGAGGAAAGUUACAGAUGGUCACCAGGCCCAGUAUACCAGGAAUGCACGACGUCAAACAAUAUCCCCAAACCCCAUAAGAAACUUACGUCAAUUAAGCCAAAGCCCUAGUUUGAAUGCAGGACAACUCCCCAGAAGACCCGACGUCAAGAUAUCCAUUGGAGGGAAGGUAUUCCCACCUGGUAUUAGCUCAGGGUCAGCACCCAGCCGGAAACGCAGUAUUUUAUCCCUUCCGCCGCCGUCCAACUCCUCGGAGGUGAUGCUGCUAGGCAACGAAGAAAUACAACCCGGGACUGACGAUUCUAGCAACUACUACGGUAACUUGCGGAUUGAAGGCCUUACAGGCGACCGAAACACUCGAAAUGAGGCAUCCUGGUAUGCUCAAACGCUCCUUUCCAACAACCGUGCCGGAAAUAUCAAUCAUGGAUACCGUGGAAGCUCGAACAGAGAGCCAGAUGAGGACGCCGAAGUCACCAACAAUUUUCCAGAUGGGCUCAGCCCCUCGUUCCAGAUGAGGUGGCAAUUUCUUGGCAAUGAGGACGACUCACAUACUUCUGACGGCCUGCAAUCAAGUUCACUACCGAACUCUGAUUCAAGAAAUACUCCGAGGCAUCCUCGGCCUAUUUUCUCUUCAUCAUCUGCAUCACUUCACCACCCAUUGCCCAAGAGUUACAAGAUUUCCUCUUUACUGGAAACUGACACCUCUGAAAUGGCCAAAAGUACUACAGCGGAAGUAGGGCGAGUUAAAUCCUCGGUCCCAGCCUCCCAGAUCAUGGAUAAUAAAGUCUGGGAAACCUGGAUGACGUCUUUCCAAAACGACGAUGGACUUGAUGGAAUAGAUGAAACCCUUCCUGCGGAAAACAGAAGCGUUCUGAUUAGUCCCAAAAUUAGUGCGGCUCCAGAAUACGGACCCCGAGAUGGCUAUAUGGACUCAGGUGACGGAGACCCGUCAGAAUCGGAGUCUCCCGAACCCUAUCAACAUAAAGAAAUUUUAGAAUGUGAUUCCUCGUUGUGGCCAGCAUUGGGUCAGAGCAGCUGCAAACAGCUCCAGCUUGAACCAAGGAGGCAGCUACAGGAAAGGGAACCCCAAAUGAAUCUUUUAGCUUCAUCACCUUUGGGCGGCCGAGACUGGAUAGAGCUGAGGGUGGUACCCGAGAAUACACACGAGCAUUGGACAGCCUCCGGUCCCAAAGCAGCUAAUUUUCCUACUUCUCCAGCACCAAAACUAAGCUUUGGGGCCCCUAUGGUUUGCAUGUCGACAGAAAAGAAAGGGCCUGACGAGAUAUGGAAACAAUUUGUGUUUGGGAGCGAUAGUGAAGAAGUUGAUAUUUUCCAUGACCAGGGUCCGAAGAAUACAUCGCACGGGGAAGCACCAGAUACGAUAUCUCUCCGCACAGACUCUCCUAUUAUAGUAGGCCUGGGGAUUAGUGUGGCUACAUCUGGAUAUUCUCUCCAUUCCUUGGGAUCAGACUCUGAUUUUACAACCGGAUAUGCAACUAAAACCACGGCCCGUCGGCACCUCAGCGCUAGACCAGACACCGACACUCCUCCCUGA